AUGAGCAGAGCAGUUCUUCAACCGUUCGAGGAGUACCAAAAAGCGCGUGUAACUUUCGUACAAACAGUAGCAGAACUUGCAACCCGCCCACAAAAUAUCGACGCUUUACAAAGUGCAGGGGUUAUGGCUUUGCUAAAACCAUUACUACUUGAUAACGUCCCAAGCAUCCAACAGUCAGCCGCCUUAGCCCUUGGCCGUCUAGCUAACUAUUCUGACGAUUUAGCAGAACAAGUGGUUGCCCAUGACAUUUUGCCUCAGCUAGUCCAGUCUUUAGCUGAGCAAAACAGGUUUUACAAGAAAGCUGCUGCAUUUGUCCUGACUCUUCUAGUAGAAUUAUUUUAAAAAUAAAAUUAUAUAUAAAUUAAAUAAAAAAAUAAUUUUUUUUAUUAUGGAGGAGUGAGGGCUGUUGCAAAACACUCAGCAGAGCUCGCACAGGCAAUUGUAAGCAGUGGAGCUCUUGAAUCCCUUGUAACUUGUCUUGAAGAAUUUGACCCUGGCGUCAAAGAAAGCGCAGCUUGGGCUCUUGGGUAUAUUGCAAGACAUAAUAGUCAGCUAGCAAAUAGUGUAGUUGAAGCUGGAGCUGUAGGGCUUUUAGUCCUAUGUGUGCAAGAACCUGAGCUUUCACUCAGAAGAAUUGCUGCAAGCGCUCUUAGUGACAUAGCCCGUCAUUCUGCUGAAUUAGCUCAAAAAGUAGUCGAUGCUAUGGCAGUUCAACAUCUUUCUCAAUACAUCAACCAUCCAGACUCACAAUUAAAACGAGUCAGCACGAAUUUUACCAUAUGAAAUAAAUCAUUUUUCUAUAUAAGUGAUAGUAAUUUUUUUUUAAAUUAUCAUAAAAAAAUUUUCUAAAAAAAAAUUAUAUGAGAAAAAUUGAUUUUUUACUCAAUUAAAACGCCAAGUCUGUUCUUGUUUGGCACAAAUAGCCAAACAUACCACAGAACUCGCAGAAUCUGUCGUUGAGGCUGAAAUUUUCCCAAGAAUUCUUAACUGCUUAAAAGACGUCGACAUGCACGUGAGAAAAAAUGCAGCUACUUGUAUUAGGGAAAUCGCCAAACAUAACCCUGCAUUAGCAAAAUUGAUUGUAAACGCAGGUGGAGCAGCAGCCAUUGUAGACUACAUAAGUGAAGUUAAAGGAAACCAUAGACUUCCUGGGAUUAUGACCUUAGGGUACAUCGGUGCUUUUGAUGAAAGUUUAGCUAUGGGUGUUAUAGUCUCAAAAGGUAUCCCACCGCUAAAAGACGCCCUUAAAAAUGAAGGAGAAGACCAUAUUAAAGCAGCAUCAGCUUGGUCGUUAGGACAAGUUGGCCGCCAUAGUGCAGAUCAUGCUAGAGCCUUAGCUGAAUUAGACAUUCCUAACUGUUUAUAGAAAUAAAAUGGUGACGUUGACGGAAAUUAUGCUUAAGGUGCAUCCUAUGGAGCAGGUAGGGCCCAUCCUGAUAAAGCUGAAAACAGGGCCUCUGCUCCUUUUUGAAGUAGGCUUCAGGCUUGGAGAUGCCUUGCUGAAUAGGAAAGUUUUUUUUCCCCAAAAGUCCCUACCAGAUGGGCUCGACAGGUUUUGCCUAUCAGAUGGUCUCUCAUUGGGACCAUCGGGUCAUCUCAUAGGCAAUAAGGAGUUGAUCCUCUGGACAGGCUGUUCUGGUCGGAAAUCCAAAAUGGCGACCUUUGGAGCCAAGGUGGGCAAUGGCUAAUGGCUAGAUCCACUUAUAGCCAGCAUAAUCGUUUUAACUUUAACUAACUGUUUAUUAGCUGCUUAUAUAGAUGAGCAAAGCAGUGAAGACUUAAAAGCGAAGUCUAAAAGGGCCUUAAAAAGCAUUGUGCAAAUGUGUACUUACUUACCUGCACUUGAGCCAUUAUUACAGCUGGCUCCUCCAUAUACAUUAAAAUGGAGUCCAAUCAAUAGACCUUGAACAAGGGAGGAUUGCGUUCGUGAAUGUGUAUCCUGCCAUGCUUUUCUUGUUUUGUGAACUAAAAUGUCUGGUAGCCGACCACAUGCUUUGCUCCAAUGCUAAGAUUUUUUCCUCAGAGGGGAAUGGAGCUGAGAGUUGGAAAGUGAUCUCCCAGCAGUACCAACGGUUUGUAUCCCAGUCAAUCGGGACUUUUUCCAGCAUAAAAUCAGUAGUUAGGCCCUCGGCUUCGUAUUAUUUUGACAAGAAAAUUCAGCAUUUUGAAUUUUUCAUGAUGAGGAACCUUUGUUGACUAACGCAAUUCAUUCAGCUACAGUGAAGCAACUUCAGGGCCUUUUUCAGCAGGAGUAUCCUUUCUGAGCCGCAUACGAACUGAAUUGGGCUUUAUUGGUGGAGGUAGUCCUUCAGAAAUUACAGUGAAAUUCUUAUAAUUUCAAUAAAUAUAAGCACUGCAGCUUGCUCCUCCUAAUAUUUUGAAAUAUGUGAUUAAUCAGUUUGCUAAGACCCUGCCACAUGAUCUAGCGGCCAGGAAAACAUUUGUGCAGAGUGGAGGACUGCAAAAGGUGCAAGAAAUUGAUGCACCGCCAGGGACUAAGCUGAGAGAAUAUAAGGAAGCAAUUAAUCAUUUGUAUCAUCCUGAUAUUGUUACUUAUUAUUCUCCUAACUAUGCAGAAACUUUGAUGAAGAAAAUUGAAGAGUUCGGUCAAUCUUAG